GCAUAGCAUGUGCGAUGAGUGGAAGGACGGGCAAGACGCUGCAAGCAACAGUCUGACGGUCACCUAAGCUCUAAAACCUGCGUUCAUUGCCUGCCUGCAUUUGACGCCCCUCUCUCUCCCCGUCUCUCUCUCUGAUCCAUCCCACGCAUCCCGUGAUGUAAAUGUCCUCACAUAUGUUUGUAUGCGACAAACCUCUAGAUAGACACUCCCACUAACGCUUCUCGUGUCGCUCCUGAACUCACAUGUGCUCGCACGCCCGAUCGCACGGUGUCCAGUCGCCCCGGUCGGUCAGGGCAACUUGAGACCAUGCUCACAGGCUACACACGUGAGCUCCAUCGCGACACUCACUGAAGGCGCUCCACAAACCAAAAGCGGCUGGCCGUCCCUCCCCCCCUGUGUUUCUCGGCGGAUACAUUCAGACAGGCGACUGUCUGGCGGCCUCUGUAUAUAAUGCCCCCCUGUCUGUCUGUCUAUCUGUGGUAUCCGCCCUCCUCUGAGGGCCCCCGUGAAGACCGCCACCUGUCAUAGCCGCGCCGCAGGUCGGGCGGCUCGAACGUCUCAUCAUAUCGACGCCGCUCACGCUUCCGGCCUGACGAGUGAGGAAAAGACGGAAACACACAUGAGUCUUGCAGGCAGAGACGAGAAGUGUUGUCUGUCGUGUGUGUGCGAUAGAUGCCUGCCUACCGACUGAUCGUGAUCGGCUGCGGGCCCGGCGACGGCCACCGCCAUCGCUGAAACACCCACACAGCACACACCCACACACGAUUGCCGUCCUCUGUCUUUUCCUUCCCACGCUCUGUUCCUUCCUUUGCCUCCUUACCCCCAGUGGCCUGGCCCUGGCAUGGGUAGGGGCGGGCCCCAGUUGCCCGCCCUCCUCCUCUCGUCAUCAUGGUGGCUGAUGGGCGACGCAGGCAGCUCCUGCCGGCUGUCCGGUGGCGGAGCCGUCAUAGAGUACGGCAGCGGAUGGGUGGAAGGGAGGGGCGGGGGCCGCCUGUCUCGGUCGUAUGGUGGCGAUGGGGGUCGGCGGCCGCGUGGCGGCGACCGUGGCGGUGAUCGGGGUGGGGUGUGUGGACGCUCUGCCGCGCCAGUGCCGAGGCAGUACUCGGGGUUGCGGCCAGUUAUGUACGUCUCAGACCUGAGUGAGUGAGAUGGGGUCAAAUCAACACACUCGUGCCAUUUCUGGGGUGUGUGUGGUUGUGUGGUGUCACACCCACCUGUUGGGGAUGCCUGAAAGAGCACCCGGCUCGACCCCGAGCCUCCUUAUGAACUUGCCAUUGCCGCUCUGCAUCUCACGCUCCCACUCAGUCACGGGCCUGACCAAUCCAGGCAGGCAGGCAGGCAGCAUCACACACACACACAUCCAUCCAUCCAUCCAGAUCCAUCCUUUGGUACACUUAUAACAUUAGGUGACCGUCUUACUUUCCGUUGAUGAGGAGGAUGUACUUGGCAGCCCAGUGGUGCUUUUCUGGGUUUGAGGGAGCCACGGCGUCAGCUAAUAUCCUGAGCGAGCAAGGAAACACGGAAACACACGACAUCGAGACAAAGCCGCGAGACUGCGAUUUGAGUGGGGUGGUGUCAUCGCCUCUCUCUCCCUCGUGCCCACCCGUCAGCUUGCCUGUCGCCCUCCCGGAGGUCAAACUUGCGGGACUGCGUCGGCGACACAUAGAUCAUCCCUGGCCUGACAACACAACCCAACCAAACCAUCCUCCUGUCGAAUGUGCCGUGUGUGUGUGGGUGUGGUGUCUUACAUGAGGAACCCCUGUCGGUUGCCCUUGUGUAUCUCGAGCCGCCCGCUCGCCGCCGCCACGCCCGCCUCCUCGCGAUCCUUGAAGAUGAUCUGCUCCAACAAACUGUCCCGAGCCAUGAGAGAUGCGUUCGCAAUGCCUAUGUCCCGCGCCAUCUCGACCAGCUUCACCGUCCCCUUGUCCACCAGCUCAGCCACGUUCAGCAGCGGCCGCGACGGGUGCCAUCGGCUGUUGGCGUCCUCCUGGUUGUGGCCCGUCGCGGCGUCCGACCCAUCCUGCCCGUGCUCCUCGAUCUGGCCCUCCUCCUCAGCCGCUCGCCGGCCGCCUGUGUCUGCGUCGGGGCCAUCUCCUUCCUCUUCCUGCUUGAUGACCUCAGAAUGGUCGACCGCCUCCCAUUCCGCAGGGGGCGGUGGCUGGUCGUCGUGAUCGUGGUCGUGGUCGUGGUCAUGGUCGUGGUCGUGAGGCUCCUGCUUGACGUAGGCGUCCGAGUGGUGGUUAUCUUCCGUGUACUCGGGCUGUUGGUGCUGAUCGUAUUCCUCCGGGUGGGCAAAGUCGCCGUUGAUAGCAGCUUCCUCGUGAUCUGCAUCUGCAUCUGCAUGGCCGUGCUCGUCUGGAGCCGGCAUCUGGUCAGCUGAGUCGGGCGGAUGGUCUUCGUUUGUCGGCUCCUCCCCAUUGUCACCCAUCAUGGCUGCAUCGCCGCUGCCCUGAGCGGCGGCCUCCUGCUCGUCGGCAAGGUCCAUGAUCUGGACAGAGAUACAAACACAGCAGCACCUGGCGAUGUCAGCACCAACUGAUCUUCGUACCUCUUCAAG